GAUGGCUUAGAAGUGAAACCUCGUAAGUCGUAAUUUUCCUCAAUUGUGAUAUGGAUGUGUUAAUUUGUAGAAAAAUCAGCUGCUUCGAACUAGAUUAACCUCGUAAAUCAGAAAAAUUAUUUAGUCUGAAAAAUAAGCAAUCUAAAAAUACCUCGUAUGUGAGGUAUCAAGAAGGCACUGCAAAUGAAUGGAGUAACCUCGUAAGUAACAGAGAUCCUGUAUGAAUCUAAUGGUGCAGUCUGUGUCUUGAUGUAGCUGUCUGGUUUUCGUUACAUUUCUAGCCUAUUCAAUCAGAAAAUAUGGAUCCUCUUGAAACCAGCCAACAGAAUCUGAUGGGUGUAGACCUGGAUGAUGAUGGAUGGAUCGAUGAUUGGAUGAGUGAUCUACAUAAUUGCCCUUCUGCUCAAAUAGAAUUAACUGAGAAUGGAACUUCAAGAGCAUCUUUAAUUCCACACAAUUGCAGCUCAAGCCCACACAAAACUUGUGAAAACGUCACUGAGGAAACAUGCAUAAGAGAAGAUGAAACUGCCUAUUAUAAAAUUGUUGACAGUGAAGAUAAUCUCAUCAUGGAUGCUACUACUUUUCUGCCAGUCAAUCCUGAAAUAGAAGCUGACAGACCUUCAAGAACAGCUUCAACCCCAACAAUGACUACUUGUACAAGUAAUUUAGAUGAAGAAAACAGUCGUGAUUGUAACUUUUUGGAAUCUUGUAGUUCUAUUGAAAUUGAACACAGUUACAGUUCAAGUCCAAACAAAACUUGUAAAAAUAAUAACAUCGACAUCAUGGAAGAGAUUAUGAAAGAGCCUGGAACUGGAAAUUGCCAAAUUGUGAUUAAUAAAAAUAAUGAUGUCAUCGUGGAAGAAAGUAUAAAAGAAUCUGAAACUGCCUGUGACCAAAUUUCUUCAUUUCUGCCUCAAGAAACCAAUAUUAAUCUAUGUGAUGAAGAAUAUGGAAGUAAUGAUGAAGCAGCUGCAGAUGAUCCAGAUUAUGUUGUAUCAGAACAAAGCUCUUUAGAUGACAUCAUUGAUGUGAAUCAAGAAGAAUUAAUUGAAAAUAAUGCUUUGGGUAGGUUCAUCAAUAAAAGAAAUAGAAAAGGCCAAGCAAAACGUGAAGAGUGGUUUGAUUCCAAAAAUAAAAAGCUCCGUGAACAAGGGAAACAAUACACUGGAUGGAAAAAAGAAGAAAGUGGGAAAAGUAAAAGAGGAAAAGAGAGAAAAUCAAGAAAAUUAGGACCAAGAUGCCAAGGUAGGGGAUGUCAAAGAUCUGGGAGAACCUGUAAUGAAGUUUCAAAUGAUGAGAGAGAAACUAUUUUCAGAGACUUCUGGACAAAUUUAUCUUGGGGUCAGAAAAAGACCUAUAUUGCCUCAUUGGUGAGCUGUGGAAUGAAGAAGAGUGUCAAGAAUCCAGGAGCAGCUUCAAGGCGGAAGUCAACAUUAACAUACACUGUUAAAACCACAAAUGGUGUAGUUCAUAAAGUUUGUAAACCCUUUUUCUUAAAUACCUUCGCUUUAGGGGAGUGGACAGUCAAGAAUUGGGCAGCAGAUUCCACCAAUGCUGCUCAAGGGCAUGCAAUCACACCUGCAAAAGUAGCUAGACCAAGAAGAGGGCUUGGUGAGAAUAACCCAAGAGCUGCAGCAAAGCUGAAUGAAUUUUUGGACAACAUGCCCAAACUACCAGCUCACUAUUGUAGGAGGGACUCUUCAAAGCUGUAUAUUGAGCCAGUAUUUGGAAACCGAAUGGCAGAUGUCUAUGCAGAAUAUAAAAGGCAGUGUGAAAAUGAUGAAGAACCAAUAAAACCGUUGUCCACAUGCACAUUUUACAAGAUAAUCCAUAGCAAAAAACUAUCAUUUCAGCAGCCAAAAAAAGACAGAUGUGACUUUUGUGUUGCAAAAGAUGCUGGACUAAUCAGUGAAGAAGAUUACAUUGAACAUGUUAAAUUGAAAGAUAGGGCCAGACAAGAAAAAGCUGAUGACAAGCUGAAAGCUGAUGAAGGUUCUCUAUUUGUCAUUAGCCAAGAUGUCCAAGCAGUGAAGGUGUGUCCAAGUUUAAAUGCAUCAGCUCUAUACUUCAAAACAAAAUUAGUCUGUCACAAUUUUUCAAUUUAUGAGAUGAAGUCUCAUUUUGCAAAAUCAUUUUGGUUCAAUGAGACACAAGCUGACUUAUCAGCAUCAACCUUUGCCAGCUGUGUAAUAGACUUUUUAGAGAAUCGGUGGAAUAAAGAUGAGAAGACUCCUAUUGUUAUUUGGAGUGAUGGUUGCACUAGCCAAAAUAGAAAUGUGAUAAUGGCAAAUGCUCUGUUAUCUUUCAGCAAGGAACAUGAUGUUGAAAUACAACAAAAGUUUUUGGAAAAAGGCCAUACUCAGAUGGAAGUGGACUCAAUACAUGCCAUGAUUGAAAACAAAAUCAACAAUCAGCCAAUCCACUUACCAAGUGACUAUAUAAGGCUGGCAGCAUGUGCCAGAUCAAAUCCAAGCCCUAUUGAACAAAAGGAACUCACCUACGACUUUGUGAAAAACUUUGCUAAGGCAGACCUAUUGAUGUAUGAUAGUAUUAGACCUGGUAGAAAACCAGGUGAUCCUGUGGUGACAGAUAUAAGAGUGAUUCGCUACAAAGAUGGUGAGAUUUCAGUCAAAACAAAAUCAUUUGAUAAUGAAUUUCUUGCUAUUCCUCAAAGAAAACGGAGGAACACUGUUGCUAAAUUAGCUCAAUUCAAACAACUACACAAAGAACCACUAAAAAUAACAAAAACUAAAUGGACCCACUUGCAGCAACUUAAAUCAGUGAUACCUACAGACUGCCAUCCAUUCUAUGAUACUAUAGCUUAUGAAUAAAUUAGAUAAGGGCUUUCAUCUUUGAAAUUUUAUUUUGAUAAGUUUUUUUUACUGAUAAUGGCAUGUAUGGAGUCCACUUCCAUCUGAAUUGUUGGCCCUAUCUAUGACUUAUUUACUAUUAUUUCUAUUUUUAUUACUUGUUACUAUAAUAUUAAUUAAUAAUAGACAUACUUCAUUUGACAUUGAUGACAUGCUCUCUUUUUCAUUUUAAUUCGAUUUUUUGCAAGAAUUCAUUAAUUUUGGUUAUUGUAUGAGGCCUAUAAAUAACCACCAUUGAAGUCUGCUGAAGUUUUGUUUUGUCCAAUCAUGAAACAAGCAUUUUACUUUGAGGUUUUGUAUUGAAAAUUUUUAUGUAAAUGACUAUGUAUUACUUGGAGCUUUAGUAUUCAAUAUCUUAGUAUAAAUGACCAUGUAUUAGUAUAAAUGACCAUUGGUGUACUUAUAUUGACAUGACUUUAUUUUAUUUUAAAUUUUAUUUUGAUAAGUUUUUUUUACUGAUAAUGGCAUGUAUGGAGUCCACUUCCAUCUGAAUUGUUGGCCCUAUCUAUUACUUAUUUACUAUUAUUUCUAUCUUUAUCACUUGUUACUAUAAUAUUAAUUUAUAAUAGACAUACUUCAUUUGACAUUGGUGACAUGCUCUCUUUUUCAUUUUAAUUCAAUUUUUUGCAAUAAUUCAUUAAUUUUGGUUAUUGUAUGAGGCCUAUAAAUAACCACCAUUAAAGUCUGCUGAAGUUUUGUUUUGUCCAAUCAUGAAACAAGCAUUUUACUUUGAGGUUUUGUAUUGAAAAUUUUUAUGUAAAUGACUAUGUAUUACUUGGCGCUUUAGUAUUUAAUAUCUUAGUAUGAAUGACCAUGUAUUAGUAUAAAUGACCAUUGGUGUACUUAUAUUGACAUGAAUUCUCUUUUAUUUUUAAUUAUUUUUUUGAAAUGAUAUGCUCAUUAAAUUUGGUUAUUGUUUGAGGCCACCGUUGAAGCCUGCUGAGGAUUAGUUUUGUGUUGUCCAACCAUAAAGCUUGCAUUGUAUGAUUUUUACUUGGAAGUUUAGUAUUCAAUGUCUAAGUAUAAAUGAUGAGCAUGUAUAACUUCAGACUUAUAACUUUUAUUUUAUAAUAAUUUGAGAUACUGUGCUUCCUUUUAUAUGGACAUGCUUUCUUCUUUUAUUUUCAUUGCAAUAAUGUGUUCAUCAACUCAUGUUACUGUAUGAGGCCUAUAAAUACCAUUGAUGCCUGCUAAGGUUUAGCUAUGUGUUAUCCAAUCAUGUAACCAUGCUUUGAUGAUUUAUUUUUAUUGAAAGUUAGGAUCCAAUAGCCUAAUAUAAAUGUCAAUGUAACUUUGUACUGAAAAUAUUGUCUAAUAAUAAUAAUGAUUU